GUCUUCAGAGCUGUAUUGUUAUUUUUUUUGUAUAUUUUUUUGAUUAAAUCAAAUUGAAUUAACUUGAUUGCAAUGUUAACGUUGUGCGCGAGAAACAACGAGGAGGCAUCUGUGCAGCACCUCGUUAUUUGAUAACGUUGAUUAUAUACGCAGAUAUAGAUAGGAUCGUAAACAGAAGAGCGUCGCGGCUACGGGACAGAGAGAAAGAGAGAGUGAGAGCGAGCAAGCGUAUGCCAGUGCCAGUGCCAGGCCAGUUCGUGUGUGUGCCUCCAUGUGAAUGUGUAUGUGUGGGUACAAAUUUCGUGUGCGGCGGCUGCAGAGAAGCAGAAGAAGAACGGACACGGCAACGGUAAGGCUCAUCCAGCCUCCGGUCUCCGCCGUAACAUUAAAAGUGCAACUACAUCUCCGGCUUCAGCUGCAACUGCAAUCCCCAGCUCCAGUGGAGGAGAGGUCCUCCUCUCUGGCUCGGGCGCGGGCCCCUGGCCCUGGCCAAACCUAUUCAAUGCAAAGGCAAGAACCAACACCAAAAACACCAAAUCGGAUAAAAUGAAUUUACUGCAAAAAAUUGACGGCAGCAUCAGCUCUCCGAACACGCCGGGCGGUGGUGGCAUUGGUGGUGGGUGCAGCAGCAGCAGCAACAACAGCAUCAAUAGCGGCAGCUACGCGAGUGCCUCCUCAGUGCCCGUCGCAUGCACACCGCCGCCGCCGACUCACCACCACCAGCAUCAAGGAGGAGGGAGAGCCGGAGGCGGAGUGCCACCGGCACCGCCGAGCGCCGCUCACGGCAAUCAGACCGGAUCAUCGGGUCAUAAGAACAGCCUCAAGGGAACGAAGCUGGCACGACGGGCGCGCUCCUUUAAAGACGACCUGAUCGAAAAGAUAUCCCUAAUGCGCACCACCAACAACACGCUGGGUCGCUCCCACUCACCGCACAGCCCGCGCACAAAGCAUGGCGUUGGCGUCAAGCCGCCACCCUCCAAUGAGGAGGUGCAGCGCUCCACACAGACGCUGGAGACGCACGUCAAGGAUAUAUCGAAUGCCCUCAAGCACUUUCGGGACGUUAUUCUGAAGAAGAAGCUCGAGGUGCUGCCCGGCAAUGGUACGGUCAUCUUGGAGACUAUUGCCAGCAUGUAUUCCGUUAUUCAAACGUAUACCCCACUGAAUGAGAACAGUGCCAUCAUGAGCUCAGCCACGCAGCAGGUUUAUCAAUCCCUGGGCAAACUCAUCAAACUCUGCGACGAGGUAAUGCUCUCCGAUGAGAGCGGAGAGUGCCCCUCGCUCAGCAACGAGAAUGUGCGCGAGGUUAUCGAUCUACUCGAGGAUGCAGUGAGGAAUCUCGUUACCCUGGCCCAGGGUAAGUUGAAGGAACAGGAUCAGUGCACCUUUCGCUACAGCGGCUCUUCGGGUCUGGGUGGCAUUGGAGCCGCAGCCGAGAUUAUGGGCGCUGUCACAGCAUCCAGUACGAACGCAGGUGGCGGGGCCGGCAUACUACCGGUAGGUGGUGUACCCGGAACCGGUAUCACGGGCGUGGCCAGCAUGAGGAUCUCCGCUGUCGAGAACGCGGCCGUGGCCCAGCGCACCUCCCUGCCGGACAUCGCCCUGUCGCCGAAGGAGCGGGCUAGCCUGGAGCAUCGGAAUGUGAAUCCCAUGCGGGGAUCCCACAGCACCGAGAGCAUACUCCGCGACACGAGUCCGCCGCCAAAGCCGCCGCUACCUAAUCGGGCCAGCAAUCCCCCACCAUUGCCACCCAAGCGACGCAGCCAGCCACAAGCGCCACCCGGUGGCUCCUCCUCAUCCACGUCGACAUCGAACCAGGCCAGUCCGCUGCCCUAUGCGCAGUCGCACAACAUCAGCCUCAACUCGGACCUGGACUGCAGCUCCAACAUCUCGCUGCUGAACUACGGAGUGGAUCGCCUCUCGGUGCGUUCCCGUUCUCCGGAUGAGAAUAGCCAGUGCUCCUUUGACUCGGCUUUGAAUCAUUCUCGCGAGGAGGAGGAUCCGCAACAACACCAACAGCAACAGCAUUUGAAGCAGCCCUUGAAGCUGAUGGAAGAGGAUGCAGACAAGAUGAUUAGCUACAAAGCCACCGGGUCCGCAAGCGCUGCUGCACAGGAAAUGACCAUAGCCAUGGCACCAGCCAAUGCGCAGACUCAGCUGUCAGGAACCGGAGGCCCAAGUGCAGGAGGUGGAGGUGAAACUAACACGGAACUGCGCACAGCGGCGGCAGCCCUCACCAACAAUCGUCAUUCGAACGAAUCGGGUUUCGUGUCAAUGAAGUCGUUUCGCACAUCCACGCAGAGCGUCUCCAAACGCUCCUCGGACUACAGCGUACAAUCGUCGGCCAAAUCGUCGAGCAGCAAUUCGGAGAUUGCGAUCAGUAUCAGUGAGUCGGCGUCGGCGACAGCGAGUGCGUCCAGCAGCGAGUACCAGCAGAUUAGCCAAUCGGUUAGCCACAGCAGCCAGCGCCAGCAGCAGCAGCAGCACAUCUCCAGCAGCAGCAGCAGUAGCAUGACCACCACCACCCUGAGCAGCUACAGCAGUGGCGAGCAGCAGGAUCCGGCAGCAACAACAGGGGCUGCAGCACCCGCUCUGCCACCCAAGACGACAACACCGGUAGCGACGGCAACCGGAAUGGCAACAACAACUACGCAUCAACGCACGCUGACGCGUCACGAAUCAAGCGCCCUAGACGAGCUGGACUGGAGUCAGGGUGCAGCGAGCAGCAGCAGCAGCAGUGCCGCAGAGGUGGCAGAACUGAGGCAACUGUCGCCGCACCAUCACCACCAGCAACAGCUUCACCAGUGGCACUCGAAGCACCACAGCCUGAUUGAGCCGCCGCGCAGUGCUCCCCACCAUUUGGCUGGCAGUUGCAGCGCCUUCGAUCAGAGGCAUCUCGAUGAGCCGCCGCCGUUGCCCAUGAAGAAGAAGUACAUGUUUCAAAGUGUGGCAUUUUCGGUUCUGGCCUACAUGGAGAUCUGCACGGCCUCGAACCGCUCCAUCGAGCAGCACCGACACACGAUGCAUGCGUGCAACAUCAGCCGGAAUAUCUCCCACAGCCAGACUAUGAAUAUUAUGCCGAUGAGCAAGGAACUGUCGCCCGAGCUAGAGACGCCACCAGCCUUGCCGCCAAAGAACUACAAGCAGCGCAAGCCGGCGGCCUCUUUGCAGCCGAUAAUUGUCACCACACCGCCGCCCAGCCCAAAGCCGACACUGUGCGAGAAUGGAUCGAGCGGUGGAGCCGGCGGCGGGAGGCCAGACAGCCGUAUGGCCACUGUCUGUGAAGAGCAUAACGAUUCCCUCGUUCUCGACAGCAAUGAGAAUGUGAAUGUCAGCUCUGGCGAUGGCGAUGACGAUGGAGAGGGCGCAGGCGAGAGUCAGACCUUCUAUUGCCACUCGCAUCAGCUGCCGGAUGAGCCGGUGGCAGCGACAACAUCGGCGGAUCAGCAUGAACAGCAGCAGCAGCAGCCCAUAAAUACGCCCAAGCUGAUCGAUGACGAACAAGAGUCGAGAGUCACCCCAGAGUCAGAGGCCGAGAAGCAGCAGGAGCAGCAGAAACAGCAGGAUGCUGGCGAGGUGGAGACGGUGAUCAAUAUGCUGGAGGAGGUCAAUAUAACGCGCUAUCUAAUACUCAAGAAAAAGGAGGAGGACGGGCCAGAGGUCAAGGGCGGCUACAUUGACGCGCUCAUUGUGCACGCGAGCCGAGUCCAGAAGGUCGCCGACAAUGCAUUCAGCGAGGCGUUCAUCACCACCUUCCGCACCUUCAUCCAGCCGAUCGAUGUGAUCGAGAAGCUCACCCAUCGCUACACAUACUUCUUCUGCCAGGUGCAGGAUAACAAGCAGAAGGCCGCCAAAGAGACCUUCUCGCUGCUGGUGCGGGUUGUCAAUGAUCUUACAUCUACGGAUCUCACCAGCCAACUGCUUAGCCUGCUGGUGGAGUUUGUCUACCAGCUGGUCUGCUCCGGACAGCUAUAUCUGGCCAAGUUGCUGCGCAACAAGUUCGUGGAGAAGGUGACGCUCUACAAGGAGCCCAAGGUGUAUGGCUUUGUCAACGAUCUGGAGAUGGUCGGGACCAUAACCAGCAGCGGAGCCGCUGGCGUCGGCAUCGGUGGAGGCGUCGGUGGCGGUCUGUCCGGUAAUAGCAGCAGCAGCAUGAGCAGCGGCAGCAGCAAUCAUCCCAGCCUGCUGGACCUCAAGUCCCUGGACAUUGCCGAGCAGAUGACGCUGCUGGAUGCGGAGCUGUUCCAGAAGAUCGAGAUACCCGAAGUAUUACUAUUUGCCAAAGAUCAGUGCGAGGAGAAGUCGCCCAAUCUCAACAAGUUCACCGAGCACUUUAACAAGAUGUCCUACUGGGCUCGCUCCAAGAUCCUGCGACUGCACGACGCCAAGGAGCGGGAGAAGCAUGUGAAUAAGUUUAUUAAAAUCAUGAAGCAUCUGCGUAAGAUGAACAACUAUAAUUCGUAUCUGGCGCUGCUCUCGGCCCUCGAUUCGGGUCCCAUUCGAAGAUUGGAGUGGCAGAAGAGUAUCACAGAGGAGGUGCGCUCCUUUUGCGCCCUCAUCGAUUCCAGUUCCAGUUUUCGGGCCUAUCGCCAGGCCCUGGCCGAAACCAAUCCGCCCUGCAUACCCUAUAUCGGUCUGGUCCUGCAGGAUCUGACGUUUGUACAUGUGGGCAACCAGGACUAUCUGUCCAAGGGUGUCAUCAAUUUCUCCAAACGCUGGCAGCAGUACAACAUCAUUGUGAACAUGAAGCGUUUCAAGAAGUGUGCGUAUCCGUUUAGACGGAACGAGCGGAUCAUACGGUUCUUUGAGAACUUCAAGGACUUUAUGGGCGAGGAGGAGAUGUGGCAAAUAUCGGAGAAGAUCAAGCCACGCGGCCGUCGGCCCCAAAACUACUAAAAAAAAACACACAAAAAACAACAACAGGAGAUGUGCAAGAAAGAAAGCUGCAACUACAAAACACCAACUAAAUAUAUUCAGAAUAUAUAAAUGUAUGUUAUAUUAAAUACAAACAAAACAAAAAAGAAUAUACAAAUACAAACUAAUGCAAUGGCCGUGGAGGAGCAGCAGGGACAACAGGAGAUGAGGAGGAUAUCAGGCUGAGGAUGUGGAUAUGGAUAUGGAUAUGGAUAUGGAAAUUGAAAUGGAUGUGUAAGAGAAUGUGGAGCAGGAGCAAAAGAAUCAGCUGGAACUAUUAUGGAUGAAUGGGUCUGAGAAAUAAUAACGUUCGCUAUUCGCUGUCUAUUUAUACAAUACACACAUAUAUAUGUAUGUACACAAUAUAUAUAUACAUAUGAUGAUUACACAUGUAAUCAAUAUACAUAUAUAUCAAGUAACCAGAUCCGAUCAGUUAUAUAUACAUGUUAACUAUAUUAUAUAUAUGUAUACAAAAUACCGGAUGCAGAUACACAACUAAAUAUCCAAAAUAUCGAUAUCUGUAGCUAAAUUAUAUAAAGCUCUAUGAAGAUGAACCUCCCCACCAAUCUUACAAAUGAAUCGCCACCAACCAAUCAACCAAUCAACCACUCCCCCUUCCCCCCAUGAGUUGCACCAAAGGAAACAAGGAAGAAAAACACCAAAGCGAUCCAUCAAUCAGCCAAAUACAACAAACAGACGAAACAGAUCGGGCUUUCAUUGUUCUUUUGAGAUAUAUCUGUUUACAUAAGAGCAGCCACACAACGAAUUUUUUGGAAACCAAGAGCGAAAGCGAAGAUAUAUAGACUAUGACUACGACUAGGAAACGAUGCAAUCCAGAGGCAACAAAACACCAAGCAACAAAGAACAAAGCCAAUUCAAGCAGAUUAGAUUAAUGCGGUAAAGUACACACAAACACAGACACACAUAUAUCGUAUGAAUGUAGUUACAUAAUAUAGCACAUGUACUACUUAUCUGUGCAUCUGCACAAUCUGUGUAAAGCCAGCCUAAAAAUGUGCAAAACUCUUCCAUUUUAAAAUGUGGUGUGUUGGAGCAGAACGAGAAUCAAACUAAAAAAUGGGAUACACUUUGGGAUGGGCAAAAUCCACCCAGAGAGAUCUAGGGAUCGAGAGAGAGAGAGGCAUAUAUACAUAUUUAUAUGGAGUUAUCAAUCAAAUCAAUCAAAAAUUCAUUUCGCAACUCAAUUAACGAAACAACUUUUAAAGUUACCAAAAAUGAAAAUGAAACAAAAAACAAAACCAGAUUCCCACAAUUUGAAUUUUCUUUUAAAUGUAUGACUUACAACCAAAAAAAAAAA